UUUUGUUUUUCUCCCAAUGAAUUCCCUGUGUACUUUAGAUUUUCUAGACAUGAAGGGACAUAUUCACGUCUUAGAUAUAGCUUUUGUGAAGAAAGCAUUUUUUCAUGUAUUUUACUUAUAUUCACUAGGAAUGGGAAGAGGAGCUUCAGUCCAUCUUAGCAGAGAGAAAAUCAGAAGAGGGAAAUGAUGACGAGAAGGAGGACAGUGGUGGCGACACAGAUGAAUAUGAUGAUGCUGAUAAGAUCUAUGCAUUGUACAGAGAAGAUGGAAAUGAGGCAUCUGUGAACAAUCUGAUGGACAGCAGGCACUUUAAAUCAAUUCCAGAGUUUCUCUUAGGAAAAAAGAAAGAAUUUAAAACAUCUCAG